CCUCCCCCGGUCAUUUGUCGACUGAGGAGUGUUGCUUAGAAAAAAGAGAAAAACUGGGGAAGGGAGAACUACAUUUUUCUCCAGCCCUUUUAUUUUAUCUGUUCCAUCCCUCACCUGAGUUGGAAUAAAUCUCGUCAAGAGGACCUUGAGCAGAUAGGGAAGCAGCCAUGUCUGGCACAUACAAUGACUCGUUGACCGACGUCUCCAGUGACAGCUUUUGGGAGGUGGGAAACUACAAGCGCACGGUGCGGCGUGUCGACGAUGGCAACCGGCUGUGCAACGACCUGAUGAACUGCAUCCACGAGCGGGCACGCAUCGAGAAGGCCUACGCCCAGCAGCUGACCGAGUGGGCCAAGCGCUGGAGACAGCUCAUUGAUAAAGGCCCCCAGUAUGGGACACUGGAGAAUGCGUGGACGGCCUUGAUGAGUGAGGCGGAGAAGGUGAGCGACCUGCACAUGGAAGUGAAGUCGUCGCUGAUGGGCGAGGACUUUGAGAAGGUGAAGAACUGGCAGAAGGACGCCUACCACAAGCAGAUGAUCGGCGGCUUCAAGGAGACCAAGGAGGCCGAGGACGGCUUCCGCAAGGCCCAGAAACCCUGGGCUAAGAAACUCAAGGAGGUGGACACGAUGAAGAAGGCGUACCAUGCAGCCUGUAAAGAGGAGAAGCUGGCCACUAGCCGGGAAAACAACAGCAAGCUGGAAAGCAACUCCAACCCUGACACCCAGAAGAAGCUGCAGGAGAAGGUGGAGAAGUGUCAGCAGGACGUAGAGAAGACUAAGGAGCGCUAUGAGAAGUCUCUGGAGGAGCUGGACAAGGUGACCCCCCCGUACAUGGAGAACAUGGACCAGAUGUUUGAGCAGUGGCAGGAGUUCGAGGAGAAACGCAUCUCCUUCUUCAAGGAGCUGCUGCUGGAUGUCAAGAAGCACAUAGACCUCUCCAGCAACCACAAGUUCCAGACAGUUUACCACACACUGGAGGACACAAUCCAGGCGGCUGACGCAGUGGAGGACCUGAAGUGGUUCAGUGCCAAUCACGGGCCCGGCAUGCACAUGAACUGGCCCCAGUUUGAGAAAAUGGAGACACCCCGCACUCGCCUUAGUACUGGUACUGGUCGCCUUAGUAAGAGAAGGUCAAUUAGAGAGUGGUCCAUUGACAUGAACCGCACACUGAGUCGCAGAGACAGGAAGAAGCCGGGCGAGGGCGUGAUGCUCACAGGUAUCAGCCAGACGGGAGAUCAGCCGGCCAAGAGCAGCAGCAGCCUCUCUGUGCCUGCUAGCACGGAGCCUGCGGGCUCCAAUCCAUUUGAGGAUGACGAGGAAGAGGAAGAAACGGCCCGGGAACAGCCCAACAGCAGCCCAACAGUCACGGUCAAAAAAGACCAAGUUCACACCCAAACUGCCAGCAGCGUGGAUAAGACCCAGGACUGGUCGGAUGAAGAGGUGGGGAAUCCCUUCAGUGCGGACUCCAAUGGUAACAGCAACCCGUUCGAGGACGAGCCCUCACCCCCGGCCGUCUCGGUGCCGGUGAAGGCGCUCUAUGACUACGAGGGCCAGGAGCAGGACGAGCUGAGUUUCAAAGCAGGAGAGGAGUUCAUUAAGAUCGGAGAGGAGGAUGACCAGGGGUGGUGCCGAGGCCGGCUGAAAGAUGGCACCACGGGUCUGUACCCCGCCAACUACGUGGAGGACGACAAGUAACAAGGCAGAAAGCAAAGGAUGAAGGAGAGAAUGCGGAAAGAGGGAAUAGGAAGGAUAGAGAGAAUAUUGUGUAGAAUAGAAGGAGUAUGAGUCAAAUACAAAUCAGAGGACUGCUCACUAGUGGCCUCAUGUGGUGGGAUGUGGGACUGAACAUGCUGCAUUGGUAAGCAGGGAGACACCAAAUUAUACUCAUCUCUGGUGUGGUUGCUGUGUGUCAUCAUACAGUGCCAUCACCAGAUAUCAUAACUUAUCAAAAAAUAACAAAACAUAUUAAAAAAAAAAGCUCACAUAAACUCAAGUCACCACAUGUCAACAAAAAAAAUUGAAAGACCAUCAUCCAAAGCUUCAACUAAAGCCAUUGAAAACAAACAGCUGAAAAUCAUCACUAAAUCCACCUGUAGUCUCUUUAGAGCGAUGUUGUAUUUGCGUCAUCAUCACCCCAACACAAGUUAACUGUCUCACUCGCUGUAUCAUAGAGAACAGUUGAUGAUGCUGGAGAAAAAUUGAGCCAAUAGAAGAAGCCAUGCAUGCCUUUGACAAAUUCAAGCCUCGGACAUUUCAGAUCUUAUGCUAUUGUUUUUCAGAUUGUAUAUUUUUAUUGUUCAUACUUCCUUUUGAAAGUUAGACUUUUGGCUAACAUACAUUUAGAUUUUGUGUCACAGAUCCAACUUGCCAUACACUUUAAGGCCUUUUAGCUCUUCUAGCUGGAGGGAUGGCACCAAGGACCUUUUAACUUAAAGUUAAAGUUACAUAUUCUUUACAGCUUUCUUCACUUCACUUUCUGGGAGGAUAGUUUGUGCUGUUUUAUGUUAAACAGCACUGGCAAAAGCUCAUAUCAUCUUAGGAAAGGAGUUGGAACACACACACACACACACACACACACACACACACACACACACACAGAGAAAAAAAACAUUUCUAUGUUUUACUUUUAGAUUUCAUUACAUUUUUAAGUGAGCAGACCCUAGUUUUCAGAAAGUAAAAAACAGGAAAUUGCCCAAACCAGGUCACAGUAAUGCUUUAAAAGAGUAAAGGUUUCCAUCUCUGCAGCUCAUGUGAGCCCGGGGACAGAGGUCUGAUCGAUUGUACUCCCUCACCUAUUGAUUGUAUUCUUUGUCUGAUGACAGGCCAGCAGGGAUGGAUGUCAGGCCUGGCUCAGGAUGGCUGGAUCAACUUGAUAGAACUGCUUUCAGAGGGCCUAUAUAUAUAUACACACACGUACACAUAACUCAUAGUUUCACUUUGAGGUUUUUUUUGAGCUAGUGCUGUUAUUUCUAAACUGUCUGAAUGUUUGUUGAGUUUGGUUGAAGAGACAGGCAUGGGUAUAAAACAAUCUUCAAUUUUUUUGUAUUCACUUGAAUCAUCAACUUCAAUCCAAACCUGCACUGGACUUUGCCUGCAAAUCUUUGGGAGGAUGCUGGCACUAGUGCCUAAUAUAGAGUUAGCGUUAGCAAUAUUCCACACAAGUGGCGAAGAUAAUUAGCCUUGGGCUACACGUUCUUCCACAAUGUCAUGUUCUAUAGUGUUCUCCCAGCAUGUACAUAGCAACAGACCUUUUUGAACAAAAAAAGUGAAUUGAAAAAUAGAAACAAGACUUUUAGGUUGAAAUGGGAGACUGUUAAUUUAUGAGCUGCCUUUUUAGAGCGGUCUCUGAUGGAUGAAUGCUGUGAUUUAUUUUUUCUUUUUUUUCCUUAAAUCUGUUUGUAUAGUAAUUGAAUAUUUUAUUGCUGCAGUCAAAUGAAUUUGUUGUUGUUGUUUUGUAACAUUUGUAUAUAUGAUUUUGCUUGUUUUGUUGCUCAUUUUGGUUUUGCCAGAUGAAUUAUCAAGGUGAAGCAAAAUUACAAAAAUCUAUACGUCAUUAGUAGUCUGUGAGAAACUCAUUAUAUUUUGUCACCGAUCCUCAAUGGACUGCCCAACAAAGUGUGAUUGGCCUCCAAAAAGAGUGCUUUAAUUAAAAUACAUGAAUGAAUAAAUAAAACUAAUUUACCACACACUUCAGUUUAUGACAGUGCUGUGACAUCUGUCACCUAUGAUUUUUUUUUUUUUUUUUGCUUUUAUGAGAGUUGUGGGCUUUUUGACUCGCAGCGGUUCACAGCUUUGCAUGGAGUUGUUUUAAGCUUUUUUUGAACUCGCCACUGUAUUCUCACUGGAGGAACGUGGAUCAAAACAUAACAACGAACAACUUUGGCCCCAAUGAUUUUUGUUGUUCUUUCAUAUUUAAUGGACAGGAUUGGACUGCAAUGUACUACAAGUACAAAAAUAUUUUCGUAUUAAAUCUUAUAUGAUAUCGACACCUUCACAUGUAUGUAUUAAUAAAUUCACCACAUUUUGCCUUGACUGCAGCAGGCUACUAGUCCAGUAAUGGAAAUGCACCGCCAAACUAGUAGCCUCGAAGUCCAAGGCGUUGUUAGGUUGAAUAUAAACAAACAAUUGAUUGCUAUAUAGGGGGAAGUGAGAAUAGAAAUUUGCUGUGCAUCGGAGGGUUGAUGGCCCUCUCCAAAGUGUGUGCACUUCACUUUGUAAAAAUGUCCCACAAUGUGGCAAAUAAAUAAAAUGAAUCAAGAAAGUCA